CACACAUUGCACCACAUCCACCGUGCAGUAAAAGACUUGACUGAACAUCUGGUUUCUGCCCUAAAAUGACGCUUCCUAUCGAUAAGCAAGAGCAGACGGUAGAAGAUGAAGCUUCUGGAAGACAACAAAAAGUCCCUGUACUGCACCCCAGGUUUAAGACAGACCACCCAUUUGUGGUCUACAGACAGCUGCCCAUGAAUUACGACACAGCUACCUUGGAGGAGUGGAUGGAGAGAGUGGCCUACAUCAAGGAAGAUCUUCACUGGCUUCUCAGGCUGCCACAUGAUAGAUUCUGGUGUCAGGUAGUGUUUGACCCUGAGAUGCACAAAUGCAUAGACAGUUACCUGAAAAAUGCUCCAAGGUCCUAUGAUGUGAAGCCCCUCCCCCCAGAGGCUGAGGCUCUCCAUACUGCUGUACACCGCAUGGUCUUCAUGGUCUGCCUGAGGAUGGCCACUUAUAAGGAAUCUGCUUCCCAUCAUUUGACCCCUUCUGUGUUUGGUGAGAUUCUGUAUGAACAUUUCAUCUUUGACAUCCCCAAGAUAAUGGACCUGUGUUCACUGUAUGGAGCUGGCAACUCUGCUUUACUGACUAGGAUGAUCUCCAAUAUCUUCACACAGCAGCCUAAAUAUGAGGAUGACCUCAGGAUUACAGUGCCUACAGUUUUACAGGUGUUUGAAAACAUAGUAGAGCAGUGUGAGCUCUCCCACACCACGGUGCCCCAGAGGCUGUCCACAGACCGCUGUAGAGGACUAGCUGACAUGCCAGAGCCAAAGUUCCUAGAUAUUGUGCUGUAUUUGUAUGACAUAUGCUCCACGCUGCUGGCUUUCCUGGAGGUGUAUCCAAAAGGGGCACAUGCAUUUCAUGAGGAGGGAUUCUUGGUCAGACUGUCCAAUCUAUAUGAGACUACAUUCCAUGAGUUAAUGGCGGCAGUUAAGGAGAGAAAGUGGUCAGAACCAAGCUUAAUCAGAACAGUGAAGACAAAGCUGAGAGUGAUGGAGAAGAAUUUUGUGGAGAUUUUUAGGAACAUUUUAAACACUUGUGCAAUUCAGCCAAUCAUUGAAAAGAGUGGCAGCCCAGAGGUAGAAUCCUAUGUGGAGGACUACAUGAGUGUGAUGACUGAUGUCCUCUCAGAUAAAAGAUUCCUGGCAGCUUAUGAGGAAGUAUUCCGGUUCAGUGAAGAUCUUGACAUUUUACAGCAGUGUGUAUAUGCCAUAGAUGAUACCAGGAUACAGUUUCUUCAAGAUGGCAUUGCAAGUACAUUACAAGGGGUUGUAAGAAAAGUAAAAACAAAGAAAUCACCCAAAGUACCAAAAGAAAAUGCUCAAAGACAGCCACCAGAGGGUGCUGAGAAUGAUGCACCUCAAGACAAGCUACAAGUAGAAGAGUCUGAGCUUGGCGCCUGUGCUGCUCCAGUGUCUUCCCCUAGUGACGUGGAAAUGGACAGUCUGAUCUCCUCUGUGCGUGAUCUUCUGCCUGAUCUGGGGUCAGGGUUCAUACAGAUGUGUCUUGAAGAGUUCAGUUUUGAUGUCGAGAAAGUAGUGAAUGCUUUACUAGAGGAUAAACUGCCGCCUCAUCUCCAAGAUCUAAACAGGACUAUGGACAGAGACAUGUUGCCUAAGAAAUCAAUUUUAUCAGAAAGGAAGAACAUAUAUGACGAUGAUGAAUUUGAUGUCUUCCAUAAAAAGGAUGUUGAUGUAUCUAAAGUCUUCAAGGGCAAGAGGCAGCAGAUCACCAGCAAAAAAUACACCCCAUUGAGUGGAGCAGACCGAGAAAAACUGCAACCAGUCUAUGAUUUAUUUGGAAAUGUGGACACGGAAGGCUCUGUGUACGCUAUUAAAGAUGAUCCUGAUGGGAUGUAUGAAGACGAGUAUGAUGACACUUAUGAUUCACACAAUGAAGCUGAGGAUGAAGAUUCUGCUGAUGAACUCCUACAGAGGAGAUAUAACCUUAGUAUAGCAGCCAAUAAAAAUGUGCAAGAUGAGGAAGAGGAAGAAGAAGAAGAGGAGGAGGAAUCAGAGAGAAGAAGAGACCAAUUUAUUGAAGAUCCAGCUAAAAUUCGGGAAAGGCAAGAACAGAGGAGAUUGUCUAAAAUGCAGCGGACAGCCAAGAAAAAUGUGGGCCAAGGUCAGAAAAGGUCAUAUGAUGUGCAGGGCAAGCCUAAAGGUCAAGGCCAAAGCAAGGAGGUUUUGCAUAACAGAGAUUACAAAGAGAAAAACAAAGGAAGAAGAGCCAAUCACAACAGGAGGGUCCUUGCUGAUAAAAAGAGGGCAGCUUGAAAUUUCAGGAAACGAUUCUUAUACUUCGCAACACCCCAUGUGCAAAUUAAUAUUUACAUACAGGGUCCUCGGAUUCACCUCAAGGACUCAAAUUUUUGUUUAAGUAUGGCUAGAAUAAUCAAUGGUAGUGCAUAUUCCCAUGGGUUAUGAUGAUUAACUCAUUAUCCAACUCAUUUUUUCCACUUUAUUUUUUUUCCUAAAAGUCUGUUGGCUUACAUCAAUCAAACUCUGAAUGAACAGAAAUGUCUUCAUUGUUAAAAUAUUUCUAAUAAAACAUUUGUUUUGGGUAUUUGCUGCUUCUGUGUUUAAUUGAUCCCCAUACUACAAUAGAAAAAAUUAAAAACAAUCAGCAUAUUAGACAUUGAUGUAUACAAUGUAAGUAACUUUUUGGGACUUGGCAAUAACUUGAUUUUUGAUAAAAAUAAAGCAUCAGGUCUUGUCCUAUAUGUAUGUGAUAUCAGUUAAUGAGGGCAAGAUAUAUUGGAUGCCCUAAACUGAACUUUUAAGAUUCAAAGCUAUUUUUCUGCUUCUUUCAUUAUCACAAUUAUGAACAGAAUAAAGACUUAUUGAAUUUAUUUACAAAA